AUGGAUUUAAGAGACAGUGAGCUCUGGAAAUUGAGGCAGAGCUGUGGAAAGGAGCAGGUGCUGGGAGCCCAGCUGAGUGAUCCACUCAGCAAAGAUGCUGUGUCCAGGGGCUAUCAGAGUAAGAUACCACAAGGAGAGAAAGGAAUGGGGAUCCUGCAGUGCCACAGUUCUGGUCCCACAACUGGCAACAUAGAGAAACGUACCAAGAAUGUUGGAAUUGUUGGUAAAUAUGGAAUAUGUUAUGGUGCAUCCUUCAGAAAAAUGGUAAAGAAAACUGAAAUUAGCCAGCAUGCCAAGUAUACUGGCUCCUUCUCUGGCAAGACCAAAAUGAAGAGAUGGGCUGUGGGUAUCUGGCAUUGUGGAUCCUGUAUAAAAACAGUAGCUGGUGGUGCAUGGACCUACAAUACCUCCUCUGCAGUCACAGUCAAAUCUGCCAUCAGAAGACUGAUGGAAUUGGAAGACCAGUAAAAUCUUCUUAUCAAAUAUCUG